CACACAUCAGACUUUUCCCAGUGGAGCUGGAGAACAGGCUUCAAUGAAAACUGCCUGUUUGCAGUUACAUGGAGAUUGCAGGCAUUACAAUCACUAUUUCCUUAACGUGACCUGGAGCAGAACCUCCAUCAUCAGGAUAGAAAGGUAGCCUUGUUGCCUAGCAAAGGACAAUGGUUUUGUCUGCUCCAGUUAUAGCCCUGGGGGCUACCUUAGGGACUGCAACUAGCAUCCUUGCCCUCUGUGGUCUCACCUGCUUCUGCAAAUGCAAGCAACCUGGGAAAGGACUCUCAGAAAAGGACCAAGAGGAGGAGACGGAAAAUCCUAAGCCCAGCGUGCUUCAGCCAGUCCAGCAAUUCAACAUCAAGAAAACCGCAGAGCCAGUACAGCCUCGAGCACUCCUGAAGUUUCCCAACAUUUAUGGCCCCAAACCAGUAGUAACUUCACCUGAAAUUGUUAACUACACACAGUACUCUCUGAAGACAACAGAAGAACCAGCUACUGGAAAACAUACUGGUUUGGAUGAGAGUAGGAUGAAGAUACAAGUCAAUGAAGAGCUGUUUGUUCUCCCUCAAAACGGUGUGGUAAAGGAUGUGUGUGUCACAGAGCACUUGAACCCUGAGAGAGCAGCCAGCUGUAACCAGGCCCCCAAGCUGCACUACUCCCUUGCGUAUGAUCAACAAAGAGCCGAGCUGCGUGUGGCACUUCUGGAAGCUAUGCAUGGCAGAAUGACUGUGGACCAAGAUGCUGGCUGCCAUUGUUACAUACUGGGCACAUUGGUGAGAAAGUCUGGUAUUGCUGAGGCUCAGACAGAGCUGAAGAAGAAGGUACUUCACACUCUUUGGGAGGAGGUCCUGCGAUUUCCAUUAACUGAGGAGGAGAUGCCAGAAGGGACACUGACUCUCACGCUGAGAAACUGCGACAAGUUCUCCAGACACAGCAUUGUGGGGGAACUCAAACUGAACCUUGCUGAGAUGGAGGAAUCCUUUGGGAAGGCCCAGUGGGAAAGGCUAAAGAGUCCAGAGAAGGAGCCAUCCAUGGGCCACGGGGAGGUUCUGCUCUCUAUUAGCUACCUGCCAGCAGCUAACCGCCUUCUGGUGGUGAUCAUUAAGGCUAAAAAUCUCCAUUCCAAGCAGCUGAAAGAUCUACUUGGCAGUGAUGUUUCUGUCAAGGUGACACUGAGGCAUCAGUCCUUGAAGCUGAAGAAGAAGCAGACCAAACGUGCAAAACACAAGAUCAACCCAGUGUGGAAUGAGAUGAUCAUGUUUGAGGUGCCUCAUGAGCUCCUGCGUGCCUCCAGCGUAGAGCUGGAAAUGCUGAGCCAGGAUGGCGCUGGCCAGGGCCAUGUGCUUGGCAAGUGCAGUCUGGGCUUACAUGUCACAGGUACAGAGAGGAACCACUGGGAAGAGAUGCUGAGGAACCCCAGGAGACAGAUAGCCAUGUGGCACCAGCUCCACAUGUAGGCUCAUCAUGAUUACUGACAAGAUUUACACCAGGCCUCCAAGCCUGGGGGAAUAAGUUGCAUUCCACCUUCCAUCUUCCCCUCCUCAAAGUUUCUCAGCACAGAACUCUUAUUACAUCACCCUUCUCUGAUUUUCCUGCCCAUCCUGACCAGAGAAACUGUCUGAAAAAGGUAUUUAAAGGAUAAUCUCUCACCUAAUUAAGUGGUUGUCUCAAACAAGAGGUUUGGCUGCCUGGAUGAUUUGAAUGAAUUUUAUUAGCCUGCCCACCGUCAUUUCAGUGAGGUCCCUGUUUCUGUAGCAGAGCAGAGGGGAGCAAAGUUACCAUGGAACUGUAAGCCACUCAUUGGCAUCUGGCACUGUCCCCAGGUCCCUUGAUGAGUGCUGGCUCCAUAAUCACACACAACUGUUGUACCAGUUACUGCUUCUCAUAAUACCUUACAAGACUGAGAGAAAUGAAGAUCACAGGACUAACUGUCAUGGCAGACACAAAGUAUCAGUAUGAAAGAGAGAGUGAAGCCAACGUGCAGUAAAGGGAUACCUAGAAAAAGAUACAGAACUAAGGGAGAGAACAGAGAAAGAGGAAAGGGUGAGACAGUCAACACCAUCAUCCUGUGCAGCCUUUGAAGCAAACACUGCCAAACAAGAAGUCAAACACCUUACUUCACUUUUGUUUCCUGGAGAGUUCAAUACCUUGUAUUUAGGAUUCAUGAAAACUGCUGAAAAUAUGAAUGUUUCAGGACCCUUUAGCAGAAUGCCUAUAUCCUUUUAUCUUUCUAUAGUGUCACCCAGGAAGACCCUAAACACAGACAAAAAGUUAUUGUCGACGUUACCUCCAAAAACUUGGACCAAAUCUUUCUGUUUACUGCCAUCUUUCCUGUUUGUUUUUUUUUCUGAGCUAGAAAGUUUCAAAUACUCUAAAUAUAUUUCACGCAACAUCUAAAACUAGGUAAAAGAAGUGGGAUCAUUUCAUACCUUAGCUGCUGAUGGAUGGUUUUGGUUUGACAGUUACUAUUGCACUCAAAUAUUCAUACCAGCAUUACUCGAAGACAACCAUUAAGAACUGCCAUGUAUUUCAUCACUUCCAGACAGAAGGAAUUCACUGAACAGACAGACUCUCCAAGGCUUGUUUUUUCUGUGUGCACUUUCAAGAUUUGAUGUGGCUUAAAUGUUAUUUUUUACUGCCAUUUUUGGGUAUGUAGAUGGACUGAAAGUCUGGCAUCAGCAGUGAUGAUGUCAUGACCCCAUAAGCACACUGUCUGUCCUACUACUUCAAGGGACUUCCAUGGGGACAAGGCACCCAAAAAUCUGAAAACAGAACCAUAUAGUCCACAGCACUAAAAAUCUCAGAGAACUUCAUACUUGCUGGGUCAGAUUGACCCUCCAUUUAAAUCAAAAUACUAAGCUAAGCUUUAUUUAGCAUCCAGCCCAUUUUGAUGGUGCAGUCAAAUAAGUCUAGCAGAUAGUCAAGUGAAGGCUGCCAUCCUGUUGGCAAAGGGAAAACACCAGAACCAGUGUCUGAAAACUGGCUGAUGCACCAGGCACAAAGGGUUAUGAACAGGGGAAUGACGUUCAGCUGGAAGUCAGUAACUAGUGGUGACGCAGGCUGGUAGUGAGACUGACACUGUUUACCAUCUUCAUAAAUGAGCUAAACAACGGGGCAGAGCAUGCCCUCAGUAAGUUUGUAGAUGGCACAAAACUGGGAAUAUUGGUUGAAAGGUGAGGCAGUUUUGCUGACAUUCAGAGGGAUGCUGAGAGGCUGGAGAAAUGGGCUAACAGGAACCUCCUGAAAUUCAACAAGGAGAAGGCAAAGUCCUGUACCUGGGGAAGAAAAACUCCAUGCACCAGUGAAGAAGUGAGGGCUGACCACCUGGAAAGCAGCUUUCCAGAAAAGGAUCUGGGUGUCCUGGUGGACACCAAGUUGAACAUGAGCCAGCAGUGUGGCCUUGUAGCAAAGAAGGCCAACAGUGUCUUGUGCUGCAUUAGGACAAAAAUUGCCAGCAGGUCAAGGGGGGUGACCCUCCCUCUCUAUUCAGCUCUGGUGAGGGCAUAUCUGGAGUGUUGUGUCUAGUUUUGGACUCCCGAUUGCAAAACAGAUAUGGAGUUUCUGGAAAGAGCAUAGCAAAUGGCUAUGAAGAUGUUUAAGGGAUUGGAGCAUCUUCUAUAAGAGGAGAGGCUGAGAGAGCUGGAACUGUUUAGAUCAGUCUGUAUAGAUACCUGAUCUGGGAGAGGACAAAAGAAGAUAGAGCCAAACUCUUUUCAGUAGUGUCCAGUGACAGGACAAGAGGCACAGGCACAAAUUGCAAUAUAAUAAAUUCCAUUUGAACACAUGAAAAAAAUUAAAGAAGAAAACCCCAUUUCAGUGUGAGGAUAGUCAGAUACUGGAACAAGUUUCCAAGAGAGGUUGUUGGGAGUUCUCAUCCUCAGAAACACUCAAAAUCUGAUGGGAUAUAGCGUGACAAACCUGCUCUAAUUUAUCUCACUUUGAGCAGGGCUGGGUUUGGACAAUAUGAUCUCCAGAGGCCCUUUGUAUCCUCAGUAAUGCUGUGACUGUGAAGAGAUUGACAAUGUUGAUGCACACUGAAAACUAUUAUCUUUAUACUACUAUUCCCUUUAUGGGUGGUGUAGCCAGGAGUUACAGGAUCAUUUUGGAGAAGAUAAAACCAGCUUUGACCAAGCAGACAAACAGAAAAGCUAAGUAUGCCAAUAAAUAUUAUGUCCAAUGUUUUAAUCUCUGAUAUUGAUCUACUGGCUAGAGGAGACGUAAACAAAAAAGAAAAAUGGCUUCUUUUUUUGUUCUAUGGGAUUUUAUUUAUUAACAAAAAGCUGUAGGAUACUGUGUGUAAACUAGACACAGGGGUCUAGUGGAUAGUGAAUUCUUAAUAGUUGCUGUGAUCAUGAUUUGCUUGUAGAUAUACCUAUAAAUUUGGAAUAAUUGUUUCCAUUUAAGUGCAAAAUUCAUUGGAAUGUUGGCCUACUCUACGUAUAGGUUCCUGUCAGUACUGUGAUUCUUUUGGGGAUAAUGACAAGAAGGAUAACUUCAUGGUAGGAUACUAUUUGGCUGGUGCUGGAAAGCCUGAAGGCCCAAAUAUUUGCCUUGCUGCCAAGAGAUUCCUCUAGCUCUGCAUCCUGCUUAUUUUACUGAGACUUUUAUAACAUCUUGAUGGCUGAUUGUAAACAACAUUAUCUGCCUGUACCCUGGUGAUUUUGGCACACCCUGUAACAGAUAGCAGUCCUAUAGCACUUAAAAGCAUAGCUCCUCAGAAUCUGACUUAGCUGUGACAAAACAAUGUCCUCUUUUACAACAAAAUCUUAACCACAAAUCUGUCUUAGGAGCAAAGUGGUGUCAGCAGUGUUAAUGAAUGGCAUUGUUUCCUCCUUUGCUGCAGUGGGAUUUAAUGGGAAAGAGAGAAAGAGUGAAAAUGCAUGCAUCUUUCCCAGCUGGAUCAUUCUUGUUGCCUGGCAUUUUAGCCUGGAAAGAAUAUUCUUCGCCAUCAGUGCAGCCUGAACAAAGGCUGCCAGGCGUCCCUGGAAGGAGGCAACCACUCACCGGGACUGACAGCAGACAUGGACACAUAAUGGGUGUGAGGAGCUGAGGAAUGCUGCGUACGUGUGUUACCGGAGGGGCAGGGAUGCCCAGCCCGGCUCUUCUGAACUCUGCUAAUUGGAGCUGUUUGUCAUCACAUUCAAGCGUCUGUCCAGGGCUCUGCCCUCAUCCCUCUGAACUGCCUGUGUAGCAAUACUUGUGUGCCCCUGAGUCUCAGCACCCCAAGGGCCAGAGGUGCUAAACUGCCCUAGCAGACAAACAGCGGGGAGUGGUUUUGGUAGAUGACAACAUCAUGAAUAUAAAUGCGAAGUAUUUGGAAAUGCCAUUGUAUCAAGCAGCUUCAGCAACACAAGCUGUCCAAGUAUCACUGAAGUGCAAUAAGGUCAGAGGAUGGAGCCAGGCAGCCCUACAGUUUUCAGUUCGUGGAACUGAAAAUACAGGAGGAUCAUUAAACACCACUACGUAUUAAAUUAAAGGCUGCUGCUUAUAAAUUGCAUCAUAAGAGAAGAGGGAAAAAAAACCAGUUAUGGCAAUUAAUGUUCCUAAGAUAUAUGUGUGACCAAAAGCAGCCAUUAGAGUCCCCAGUGGCUAGUCUGUGGUUGGACUGGUUAUUAUGCCUGCUAUAACCAUUAACAUGAAGAAGCUGGAAGCCAAGAGACUGUAGGGAGGAAGGGAAAAAAAAAAAAAAAGGAAGGCAUGGGGCAGUCUACUUGGUCAGAAUGAAUGAUACUUUUCACUAAGGGCCAGAUUUGUGAGUUUCAGGACAGAGAUCCCUCAUCCAGUGACAAACCCAAACAUCAUGCCUGUUUGUAAAACAGAACGAGAAAUGCAGCUCCCCUAUUGUAUCCAGCUUCCCCUGGGAGAGGUGGUCUCCUGCUGUGGCCUCUGUUCAGAGGAGGGGACUGAGAGGCCAGAGGAAAUAACCUGUGACUACAUUAAGGAGUUCCUUGGUUAAAAUAUAGAUUGUAGCUGUAUUUUGCUUUGCCUUGACCUGCCCUCAAAGCUGGAUCUUCCCAGGGAAAUUAUCUAGUUUGAUUUUAGGCAAUUUCUGCUUGAGUAGAAGGAUUAAUAAGCACAAGUCAUCAAUAGUCACCAAAAUAUCUCUGGGAUGUUUUAGACUCAUUACUACUCUCAGCACCCUUCUCCAGUUGUAAGGGGAGUGCUCCCCUGUAAGGGUAACACUUUUCCAGUGCAGAGUUUUCCCCUCAGUUGUUGUCCCAAAUAUCCUUGCAUGGUGAUAGGAACCAUGUUUGUUUUGCAGAGAGGUAAUACAUCAGAAAGUAAUGGAAAAUUCCCUUCAACAGGGCUGGGAAAAUUUUCAGGCUGUACUAUUCUCCUAGAUACUACUGUGCUUUCAACAUCUUGUUGAACAGUACCUUGCAUUUUGCUAGCAUCUCUCAUCAGUAUUAUCUGGAAGUAGUGUUCAAAACCACUAAUUUUUUUUUUUUUCAGAAUGAAGUGGGUUGUAAUUUGGGCUCUAGAAAUAUAGCCCAAGGUUUGCCCAAAUUUUCCUGAAGUCUGAGUUGAGUACAAUAACUUAAUACGAGCUGGAAGCUAAGUGGCUUGGACCAUGCUUCUUGCACUCUUUUGAAGGUCAGUUUGAAGUUUGGUUGAAUUAAAGGACAGAGCUUUGAUAGCAUUUUUCAUGUGUUUCAGAAUUUAACUAGGUAUUAAAAUGUAUUUGGUUCAUUUGCUGAAAGAUAAAUGUGAUGAGUAAAUAGUAACACUCGACACAAUAUUAUUUCUUCUGUUUUCAAAAUGCACAAGAAUAGUAACAAAGUGAAAUAGUGAUGUGUGGCCUUUCAGCAUGAAGAGGCUUUUUUACUUACUUGGUCCUUUAGUGUCCCAGUGUGUUUAUUGUACAGAGCCAGAUAUUGUUUGUCAAGACCGUAUAUUGUUCUCACAAUCCAAAGCACAAAACCAGAGCAUGAUGCUCAGCCAUUGUGUCUAAUAUUACAGCACAUCUAAAAUACUGCAAGUAAAUAAUUCCAAGCUGUACCAA